AUGACAAAAAUGUCAAUUCUGAUGAUAGUAACCCUGAUGACCCUGGCACCAACCUGUAGGAGCAGCCUGGAGGGCCCACUGCCUAAAGGUCAACUAUACCUCACACUGUUUGGAAACCCUUGUGAUUGCAAAGGCGGCGUGUUUACAGAUGAUCCAUACUCUGGUGGUAAGACUGUUACUCAGCAGGUGAGUUGUGGACAAAAGACAGCAUUCCUCACCCAAUUUGCCUCCAGCUCAACCCAAGUUUGGAGAUGUAAAGCUGAACCCAGACCCAUCCCAAGACAAAAAGAUGGUAAACCUGGGCCUUGUCCUUCAACAUGUUCUUCUUAUCAAUAUGAAAUGCAUUCCAGUUGCUAUGACAACUAUCAGGAAUGCACAAGGCCCAAAAAUAUUACCUAUUUCACUGCUACCCUAUCAAAACCUUAUGCUGGAACCUUCAGAGGUGACUGGGCUAGAGCCCUGCAGGCCUUUGGGUUACAUACAUAUGCCCAGGCCUCUUGUAAAGGAACCCCUGGCCAGUUGGUAUGCUGGCACAAAAGUCCCCUUGUCCAUGUUUCAGAUGGGGGCGGCCCUCAAGACCAAAUCAGAGAAUUAUUGGUCCAGAAAAGGAUCCAAGAGAUCAUAGACCAAUUAUUCCCAAAGAUUCGAUACCAUCCCUUAAUACUUCCUAAAUCUAGAAAUAUAGACUUGGAUCAAUACACAUCAGAUAUUUUGAUAGCUACCCAUAAGGCUCUCAAUGCCUCCAACCCCGAGCUGGCUAAAGACUGCUGGCUAUGCAUGGUCUCUGGCACUCCCAUGCCCAUUGCUAUUCCAUCCAAUUCUAACUCCCCUUCUAUAAAACCUGGCAAUUGCUCCUUCAGUUUGCCUUUCAGAGUUCAACAUUUGGGUUUCAAAAAUCCCUCCUGCGUUCAAGGAAAAUUUAACAAUGACACAUCUGACGUUGAUGUUGGCUUUGUUACAUUUACUGUCUGUAGACAUAUAACCAAUUAUAGCUCACCCCUCUCCCCGCCAAAAGGACAAGUUUUCGUUUGUGGAGGAAAUAUAGCUCUAACCUUCCUCCCUACCAAUUGGACAGGACUAUGUGUGAUGGCCACCUUAUUACCUGACAUAGAUAUCAUACCAGGAGAUGAACCUGUUCCCAUCCCUACCUUUGACUAUAUCACAGGCUGAUCUAAAAGAGCAGUUCAAUUUAUCCCUCUGUUGGUAGGCCUAGGCAUCUCCGGAGCCUUAGCUACAGGAUCAACAGGAAUGGGAAUUGCGAUACACUCUCAUAUUAAACUUGAUGACAUCCAAACCCUGUCUAGUACUAUUCAGGAUGUUCAAGAUAAAUUAGAUUCUCUUGUGGAGGUAGUCCUCCAAAAUAGAAGAGGGUUAGAUCUCCUCACAGCAGAACAGGGAGGGAUCUGCUUGGCUUUACAGGAACAUUGCUGCUUCUAUGCAAACAAAUCCAGGAUCAUCCAAGACAAAAUCAAAAAACUUCAAGAGGACCUGGUAAAAAGAAAGGAGCUAUUUGACAAUCCCUUUUGGAGUGCCUGGAAUGGGAUAUUGCCCUACCUCCUCCCCUUACUCAGGCCCCUCACAGGGUUCCUAGUUAUACUAUCUCCGGGACCCUGCCUCUUUAACAGGCUAAUGGCCUUUGUUAGACAACAGAUUAAUACCAUAAAACUACAACCCCUACAGGUCCAUUACCAUAGACUUGAAAUGACUGAUAUAGAAAGCUACUCAAAUUGUAACAGAUAUGCACAUGAUGUCACUGAGCCUUAAGUGUCUUGGCUUUCUCACCUUGGUGCG